CUUGAUGCUACAGAUGGGAAACAGGCUCGUCGCACUGGUUCGAGUUCGCCAUUGGGUGAACUUUUCGAUCAUGGAUGUGACGCUAUUUCUCAGGUGUUUGUCACGUUAAACAUUUGCUAUGCGAUGUUAAUUGGUGAGGAGCGUUAUUUGGUUUUAUUAGUAGUUAUUUUAUCCGUUACGCUUUUUUACUGCGCACACUGGAGCACCUACUGUACAGGGCAGUUGAAAUUUGCCAAAUCUCCAAGCUGCGGAGGCAAUCACUCAGCCGUCUUUGAUUUACGAUAUGAAGAGAAAAUGUUCACUGGUCGUUCGUUAUGUUGCUUGAUUUGCAUGCAGCCGGUAAAUGCAUUGAAUACUGGUGGUUUACUAAGUGUUGCAUUGAGUGUCGGUGUUGCUGGAAGACAUCAAAGAGACGGUACAGGUGGGUGA